GCUUACUACAUACAUCCAAUAUGACACAUCCUCAUGGAGAAUAUCCUAAAAAAAAAAAGGCCCCACAGAUCCACCCACUCCAUCAAGUUCCCAAUAGGGAAAACUAUGAACUAUUCUUUGUCAUUGCGACAGGAGGGGGCUUGCCCAUCAGCCUAUGUUGUAUCCAGUUUCUUCAAAAGAGACAUCCAGAAAUGGGUAGCAGCAAUGACCGGUUCAUUUGUCUACAUUCUUUUUCUCCUGCUGAAAAUAUGUUUCACUCCGCCACCUCUAUAAACCGCCUUCACUCCACCCCCACUCAAAUUCUUAACUUGAACAGCUACGCCUAAGAAAGGUAUAUAGCUUUAGAUGAAAACCCAGAAACCAAAUCGGAAGAAAAAGGUAUACUUUCAGAGAAAGGCAGAUUAGUAAAAGGUAGAAUCUAUUCCAAGCCCUCUAGGCCAAACCCAUAACUCUUCCAAUAGAUUCCACCUUUUUUUCUCAGAGAAAGGCAGAUACAAUAGAACAGAUUACCCUCACCUUUGGAUUAAGGCUAGGAAUCUUUUUCUUUUCUUUCUGUUUGUGUUUCAGUCUUAUGGCAUGCCUUGAGAGGAAGCAUUGCAUCAUAAAAGCAAUUGUUGAUGUCGAAAUAGAGGCUAUCUGUUUAGAAUUAUUGGAGAUUGCUGCCAGGCUUUAUAUACACCAGUUCUACAAAUGGAAUGGCUCUUUCCACUUGAUUUGCCUUUCAAACCAAUGGGGUCUUCUUCUUUCUUCUCUUGGUUCCUUCUCUUUUUCUUGGUCACCUUUCCCAAGGUCCAUGCAUUUACUGGGACAUACGGAGUAAACUAUGGCAGAAUCGCAGACAAUAUCCCAAAACCCGGAAACGUAGCCUUACUUCUCAAAGCAAACAAGAUAAAGAACGUCAGAAUAUACGAUGCUGAUCACGAAGUUCUAACCGCCUUCAAAGGGUCUGGUGUCGAAAUAAUAGUGGGACUCGGAAACGAAUACUUAAAAGACAUAAGCGUGAGUGAAGAUCGCGCCAUGGAUUGGGUGAAAGAAAAUGUGCAAGCAUUCCUCCCUGGGACUUCCAUCAAAGGAAUCGCAGUGGGGAAUGAGGUAUUAGGAAGCACUGAUCAAGAACUCUGGGAGGCCUUGUUGCCAGCAGUGAAAAAUGUCUACAAUGCCCUUGACCGCCUCGAUUUAACCAAAACGGUUGAGGUCUCCUCGCCCCAUUCCGAGGCUGUUUUUGAGAAUUCCUACCCUCCAUCAUCUUGUACUGUUAAAGAAACAAUUCUUCCCUACAUGAAACCACUUCUUCAGUUCUUUUCUCAGACUAAUUCCCCUUUCUACAUAAACGCUUACCCAUUUCUGGCCUAUAUAAGCGAUCCUGUUACUAUUGAUAUUAAGUAUGCUCUUUUCGAAUCAAAUUCUGGAAUCUAUGACUCGAAGACUAAACUUCACUAUGAUAACAUGUUCGCGGCUCAGAUUGAUGCGGCUUACAUUGCCUUGGAAAAGGCAGGAUUCGGAAAAAUGGAGGUUAUUAUUUCAGAAACCGGGUGGGCUUCAAAGGGUGAUGCUAAUGAAGUUGGGGCUACUGUGAAGAAUGCAAAGACUUAUAACCAGAAUUUACGUAAGUUGCUAGCAAAGAAGAAGGGGACGCCUUAUAAACCGAAGAUUGCGAUCAGGGCUUAUAUCUUCGCCAUGUUUAAUGAGAACUUGAAGCCUGGACCGACGUCUGAGAGGAACUUCGGACUGUUCAAAGCUGAUGGGAGCAUUGCUUAUGACAUUGGGUUUGAUGGACUUGAAACUUCUUCAGCAGUAUCUUCUCUCCUCUCCCUCAAGGAUAUCGGAUUAAAAGGUUGGUUCAAGUCUUCCUACUCGCUGAUUUACACGACUUCUGCGGUUGUUCUUCUUCUGAUUUUCGCAUGAUGAGGUCUUUCGAAAGGCGCCAACAUCUAUUUCCCUCUUUCGGUUCGAUGGUACACAGAUAAUGGAGCUGUCCCAUCUCCUUCAGUUAUGUACAGAUUGUUGCAAAGUUGCUUCUGUUUGAUUCAAAUGUAUGUUCUUGUUACACAAUAUUGGAAUUCUUGAAAGCUGAAAAUCGUGGAUGUCGUUUUGAAAUAAUGCAAGAGCAAUAUUGCUAUGUUUAGUCU